AUCUUCAAAUCUCUUUAAGAUUUUCCCAGAUUAUUCUAAUUUGUAAGUUGUUGGAUAAAUUUUCAUUGAUUUCUCAUUCUGAAUUCUCAAUACGGUUUACGGCUUCACGCGAUAUUAUACAAAUUAUUGUUGUUGAUGUUGAAAUGAAAUCAUUAUUUUCUUACUACAAGUCAUGUCAUAUUUUUCUGGCUUUCAAUUUUUGUUGCUAUGUAAUGUAAUUCACAUUCCAAAAGUACUUCUCUGAAUGAUAUCAUUUGAAAAGUACUUCAUAUGAUAUCACAGUGAGUGACAGUGUAGUCACAGGGAGUUAAAAAGAAAUACAGGACAAAGAUCGGCUUGCAAAAAUGAAGUCUAAAAACUAUAUAUAGGACAAAUGCUUACUUGCGAAAAUAACUUAUACAUGUGCGAAUCAUGGGAAAGCAUGGGUACUUUAACUAGACAAGUCUAGCCUGCAGUUGAAACGCAUAAUAUGGCCGGCUAAGUCCUAAUUAUAAAAUUAGUUUUCAGAAGGAGGUGCUGCGUUCAAAAUCAUAAAAAAAAAAUCUUACAUAGGCUAAAUCUAGAAAAUAUGCCUAAUUACAUUUACAGGUACCAAUGCUAAAUAUAAAAAAAAAUUAAAACCCAACUCCAAAACACAUAAAAAGUCAACCCAUUUGGAGUUCCAACUGAUCUGCUCCUCCAUUUCCCUCCCUUCCCAACCCAAUACACUCACUUCAUCCCUUCUCUCUUGACUGCUUCUUUCUUAACAAUCUCACAGAUUGUGAAUGCAAUAAGGUGAGAUGGGAGAAGCAGACUACAAGAGCAGUUUGAAGAAAACGAAGGUAUUGAAAGCAUUGUUAGAUGAUCCAAUACUUAGUGAUGUACCGAAGAAUCCAAGCUUGGAAGAUGUGGAAACUCUCAUUGGACUGGAAUUAGGUAGUGCUAUGCGAAUUUCGGUUUUGAAAUCGGAUUCAACUUCUUUUGAUGUGACGGUUAUGAAUAGGGCAACGGUGAAGGAUUUGAAACUCGCCAUAAAAAAGAAAGUCAAUUACAUGGAACAAUCUAGUAUGGGUCACCGCCAUAUUUCUUGGAGGAGUGUUUGGGCUAAUUAUUGCUUGUCAUUCGAUAAUAACAAGCUCCUUAAUGAUGAUGAUGUACUUCAAAAUUUUGGUGUGCGGAAUAAUUCUCAGGUUCACUUUGUCCCUUAUGUCAUGACAAAAGAAUUCAGAAGACACUCAAGAAGAAGAAAGCAUCGGUUUUUUCAUGGUCUUAGUAAGCUUUCCUAAUCAAAAAGUUGAGCUCAUGGCAUGUAACAUUAGCAUGUUUUGAGAUCUCUAUUGUUCUGAUUAUUCUACCUCGUUACAUGCCUUAACAUGCUGAGCAUAUCUAACAACAAAGCAUCAAAUUUCAUUGAUGUUUGUUCACAAUUCUAUGCUGUUGGCAUUUUCUAGCUUAGAAUUGGAUAAGCUAUUGUGACAUUCAUUUCUCUCAGAACAUGUAUUGCAUGGAAAAUGACAAGCUUUGCAUCUCCUAGAAUAGAAUUGGAUAAGCUAUUGUGACAUUCAUUUCUUUCGGAACAUGUAUUGGAUGGAAAAUGACAAGCAGAAUAAUAUUGUGUCAGAAAUCCCUUGGCUGAGUUGCAAUUAUGUUGUUGGAGGCCACUCACAGAUUAGAAGCAUUAGAAAUGCCUUUAACUUGUUGUGCCUAA